AUGUUUUCCGAGCCGAUAUCUUCCAUGCAACUGGGAUCGUUCCCUGGCUUCCGCCUUACCAGGACUGUCGUAAGACGAUUCGUCCCCAGAAAGCAAAUAGAUCGUCCAAUAGAACAAACCUGUCACUUCUAUGAAGGGACAUGCAAUGUAGAUAUAUCAGAUGCUUCGCGUAUGGCGAAGCAUCGCGGCCUUGUUGUUUACACCCCUCACAUUCGCUCAGAAAGCGAGAUGCCAUAUUACCAUCCAUCGGUACGAGCAUUAGCCCUGUCAUACGAUCUAAAUUGUUCCGCCAAAUCCGAAACCGAGGAUUCAGGCACCCUCUCCAUUCACUUCUCACCAUUUACCCCUGAACUUCCGCAGUCUAUUGCAUAUCGCCUCCAACGGACGUUGCUGGCCCUUUUAUCGACUCACUUACGCCUGUCGAGGAAACCCUUUGCCGCCGCUGGGCCACCCAGAUCGAAAACGGCGGCUCCAAAGGAUAACAUCGUCCCACAACACUUUGUGCAGAAUACCUAUUCGCGAUUGAAAGAAACAUAUGCAGCACCUAUAAUGAACAGUUGGGUUGAAACUACCGAACCUUCCAAGCACGUUUUCGAGGACAUUGCGAUCGCGGCCUUUCUAAUUGAACUGUGGAGGGAAAUGUACAGCUUACCUCUUUCUAAGGCAGAGAGCUAUGCCAAUGAGGCGGAAAAUAGCCUUCCUGCUUUUCCUGGUUUCGUUGAUAUUGCAUGUGGCAAUGGCGUCUUGACGUACAUACUACACGCAGAAGGGUAUGACGGGUGGGGUUUCGAUGCCCGCCAGAGGAAGUCAUGGUCUACAUUUCCCGCAUCAACACAGGACCGCCUUAAACAAAUUAUAUGCAUUCCCAAGCCGUUUAAAGAUGCCCUUGAACAACACAUGGAUGAAGACUCGAAUCUGACAUCCACCCAGAAGUCUCCAUCCGCCAUUCACGACGGAAUUUUCGACAAAAAUACCUUCGUCAUCUCCAACCACGCCGACGAAUUGACAGUAUGGACACCCCUCCUUAGCGCCCUCUCGAACCCUGAGAACCCUUUACCAUUUCUCGCAAUCCCCUGUUGUUCACAUGCUAUAUCCGGUAUGCGCCAUAGGUACCCAGCCCCCAAAUCACAGCCUAAGAAAAAGGAUCCGAACAAAACGUCUCGCGCAACAGAAAUGCCCUCCAACACCAACACCAACAACAUCAAAAAUAACAACAGCGUCCAUGUUAUCAACGGCAGCACGAACGCCACCAGCCAGCAACAGCAGAAACCGGAAAUGGAGGAAAUAUCACCAACAGCGGCAGCGGAGGCCGAAGAGCAACAAAACCCCCAACCUUCCAUCGGCAACCUGAAGGAGCUCCGUGCCUUGAGACUCGAAGAGACCACAAACCCAGACUGCCAAAGCUCCGCGUACGCCUCCCUUACUGCGAAAGUCAUGCUGGUGGCCAGAGACGCAGGGUAUGGUUCUGAUGUCGAAAAGACGCUGCUUCGCAUCCCGAGUACGAGAAAUGUUGGCAUAGUUGGGGGCGUGAAGAGGAUGAACCAGAUGAAUCGGAUGAGUCGGAUGAGUCGGAUCAUGGGCGUGACGAAGGGCGGGGAGACGGGAGUGGUGGAAGGAGAGGGCAAGGGAGAAAAAGUUGGUUCGGGUGUGGAGUUGGGCUUUGCGUUGGGUUUGGUGAAGAAUGUUAGCGAUGUUGUGGAGCGGGAAUGUAGAAGGGAUGGGGGCCUGAGAGUUGCGGCGAAGCUGUGGGUUGAGAGGUCGUUGCGGUUGCAGGAGCCUCAGGGGCGGGGGAGGUUGAAGGGGAGGGAUGGCCAUGUGCAUUGA